AUGUUCGCCGCCGCCCGCUCCUCCAUCGCGAAGCAGAGCAUCCGCUCCUUCAGCACCUCGCGUGCCGUGUCCCAGGACAUGAGCCGCCUCACCCUCAUCGGCCGUCUUGGCGGUGACCCCGUCCAGCGCGAGACUACCACCGGCAAGCCUUACUACACCUACGCUGUGGCCACCAUGGUCGGACCCGGUACCCAGGACGAGCAGGGCAACCACCUCCCACCCCCCACCUCGUGGCACACUGUGUUUGCCUUCUCGGAGACCUCGCACAAGAUCCUCGGCAAGAUUGGCAAGGGCUCUACUGUCUACGUCGAGGCCGAGCUUGAGAUGCGUUCAGGCGGCGCUGCUGCUGACGGCUCGCCUCUCCCUGACCGUCCCCUCCUCCGUCACCGUACCAUCAAUGUCAUUAACCGCGUCCGCCCCCAAUCUGACGAGGUCGUCGAUGUUGAGACUGAGGAGCAGAAGGAUUAA